AUGGGGACAUAUCUCGCGCCUAUGCCACCGUUUGACCCUGAUGCUGACGCGGGAGGAAAUAUAGCGGCUAAAUGGCGUACCUGGUUAGCAGAUUUCAAAAUAUUUCUAACGGCGAGCGAAAUUACAAACAAGACACGCCAACGAGCAUUACUUUUAUACCAAGCAGGACAGCGAAUACGGGAAAUCUUUCGACACUUUCCAGACCCUGGUAACGAUGACGACUUCAAUAAAGCGACGGAACUUCUCACCGAAUACUUCGAGCCUCAAAAAAAUCGAUUAUACGAAGUCUACAAAUUUCGACAAGCACAACAGAGCGACACGGAAACGAUAGAUCAGUACCACACGCGUCUACGAACGCUGUCAAAAAACUGUGAGUUUUCAGAUGUAAAGUUCGAAAUUAUGGUACAAAUUGUUAUUGGAGGAAAGUCAAGUCGCGUGCGUAAACAAGCGUUGCGAGACCCCAAGUAUGUUUUAAAAGAUCUUCUGCUCGCAGCCAGUUGCGAAGAAAUAAGCAAGACGCGAGCAGCUGACAUUGAAGGACAUUUAGACAGCUGCAAUAUUCAAGCAGUUAAAACGCCGACCGUGAAACAAACAAAACACAAGACAUCCAAUAAGACAUGUUUUUACUGUGGCUGCAGCUACCCUCACACCAACAAACCGUGCCCUGCCAAAAACAAGACAUGUGCCAAUUGUGGUAAAUUAAACCAUUUUGCUAGCCAGUGCCGCAGUAGCAGCAAGCGAGAAAAUAGACAAACUGGUAAUCCACGCGAAGACCUACGACCAGUCAACAACAAACAAAAACAUCCGCAAACGUCAAUUUCUCUCAAUGGACAAAGAGUAAAAAUGACCAUUGAUACGGGGUCAAGCAUAAAUGUAAUCGAUAAACACACGUUCCAACAACUGCGUGAUAUCCGACUUCAGCCAACAUCCGUGAAAGCAUAUCCCUUCAAUUCCACAACACCUGUGAAGAUGGAAGGAAAAUUCCGCGUUUUAGCAGAGUCGAAACACAAAUUCAUGGAUAAACAUGGCCCUGUGUUCCGUGGACUUGGGAAACUAAAGAACAAACAAAUCGAAUUAGUUAUCGAUGAAACCAUUUCACCAGUUGCACAACCGCAGCGCCGAGCACCGUUCCAUUUACGCGGAAAAAUUGAAGAUGAAAUACGCAGAUUAGAACGGGAUGACAUCAUUGAGAGAAUUCCUGAAGGAGUUGCAACGGAGUGGGUUUUCCCCGUCGUCGUCGUCCCAAAGCGUGACGAUAAGAUUCGAUUGUGCGUAGAUAUGCGAGUAGCAAAUACAGCUAUUCAGAGAACUAGACAUCCCAUACCCACUCUAGAAGCUGUCUCUAUUGAGCUUAACGGAGCUCGGUUUUUCUCUAAACUUGACCUAACUCAAGCCUACCAUCAACUGGAGCUGAACGCAGCAUCUCAGGGAAUAACAACUUUCUCCACUCAUCUCGGCUUAUACCGCUAUAAAAGAUUAAACUACAGCACAAAUGCUACAGCGGAACUCACCCAACACACCCUACAGGAGACAUUACAAGGAAUUCAAGGAGCUAAAAACAUCGCAGAUGACAUCAUCGUGUUUGGAAAUACUCGAAAGGAACAUGACCAAGCGUUAGAAGAAGUACUUAGACGUCUGCAAGAGAGUAACCUGACUCUCAAUCUACAAAAGUGCAAAUUCCUCAAAAAGAAUCUUGAGUUCUUUGGACUGGUAUUCACAGAACAAGGUGUUAGUCUAGACCUCAAGAAAGUUGACGCUUUCGCCAAUCAAAACCACCAACAACAGUCGGUGAAGUGA